AUGUUCAGCCCCGUCAGUCCCCCUGUCACCAGCUACCCCGAGCAGUGCUGCCUGCGCCCACCCUAUGGACCAGCCCCUGGGCCACAAGGACUUGAUUUCCCCCUGUGCCAUCAGUCAAACCCCAUGAGCAGUCACCGAGGUUAUGGGUUGGUGCCAGGAGCUGAGCACCCAGGCAGUGGUGAUGGCUCCCGGUACUCAACGCCCCGUGGUGCAGGCAAACUGGGCAAGAAGAGGGCUCUGUCCAUCUCCCCCCUGUCAGACUCCAGCAUUGAUCUGCAGACCGUGAUCCGCACCUCACCCAACUCCCUCGUGGCCUUCAUCAACUCCCGCUGCACCUCUGCCACUGGCUCCUAUGGCCACCUCUCCAUCAGCACCAUCAGCCCAUCGCUGGGGUACCAGAGUCCACUGGGUCAGCAGAAGGGCCAAGGCCACCUGUACAGCCACACAACACCCCCACCACCAUGUACCUCCCAUGAACACUCAUCCACACGCCCAGGGUUACUGCACCAUGGCCCAGCUCAUGGCACCCUCAAACACUGCCAGCAGCUAAAGCUGGAGUGGAGCCUGAGCAGCCCUCUGACUGCCAAAUACCCAGAGGAGGGACCUGAAGGUGACAUAUCCAGCCCAGCUUCCACGGGCACUCAGGACCCCUUGCUGGGGAUGCUCGAUGUUCGAGAGGAUCUGGAGAAGGAGGAUGGGAAACCUGAGUCUGAGACUGUGUAUGAAACCAAUUGCUACUGGGAUGGCUGUGCCAAGGAGUUUGACACACAGGAGCAGCUGGUGCAUCACAUCAACAACGAGCAUAUCCACGGGGAGAAGAAGGAGUUUGUGUGCCACUGGGCAGCCUGUUCCCGGGAGCAGAGACCCUUCAAAGCUCAGUACAUGUUGGUGGUGCACAUGAGACGUCACACGGGCGAGAAACCUCACAAGUGCACGUUUGAGGGCUGUAACAAAGCCUACUCACGCCUGGAGAACCUCAAGACCCAUCUGCGCUCACACACGGGUGAGAAACCCUACGUGUGUGAGCAUGAAGGUUGCAACAAAGCCUUCUCCAACGCUUCUGACCGGGCCAAGCAUCAAAACCGGACUCACUCCAAUGAGAAGCCUUAUGUCUGCAAGAUUCCAGGCUGCACCAAACGUUACACAGACCCCAGCUCCCUCCGCAAACACGUGAAGACAGUGCAUGGCCCUGAUGCCCACGUCACCAAGAAGCACCGUGGGGACAUCGUGCCGGGCCGUGCGCUGCCCGUCCCCAGCGGAGCCCCAGACAUGAAGCAAGAGAAAGAUGCUGAGGGCAGGAAGGAUGAUGCCAAACUCACAGUUCCUGAUUUGGCCUUGAAGCCACAGCCCAGUCCAGGUGGGCAAUCGUCAUGCAGCAGCGACCACUCCCCCCUCGGCAGCACCACCAACAAUGACAGUGGGGUAGAGAUGGCUGGAAACGCGGGUGGGAGCUACGAGGACCUGUCCACCCUGGAGGAUGUGGUGCCUGGUGAGCCCAUGGGCACCUCGGGGCUCAUGGCCCUCCACAAGCUGGAAAAUCUUCGCAUUGACAAACUGAAGCAGAUGAGGAAACCAUCCACGACCAAGGGCCUGAGUUUGCCGGCCAUCCCUGGAGCUGGCCCACCCGGGGAGGUGCCGGUGCUGUCCCUGCAGCCCCCGGCCGCCUCUCACCGCCGCGUUGCCGAGCUCUCUGUGGCAGAGGUUGCGGUGCCGCCUCGGGAGCGCCGGAGCAGCAGCACCAGUACCGUCAGCUCAGCCUACACCGUCAGCCGGCGCUCGUCCCUGGUGUCCCCUCACCUGGCAGCACCGUGUCUGGGGGGUGAGGCAGGGGCAGUGCCCGGCCCCGGGGAUGGUUACGACCCCAUCUCUCCAGAUGAGUCGCGACGUUCCAGCGAUGCUGGCGGAGCUCUGCCGGCUCUGGGCAGCCUCACCCCUGCCCAGCGCUACCGUCUCAAGGCCAAAUACGCCGCGGCCACGGGUGGGCCACCCCCCACCCCCCUGAGUGCCACGGAACGGGUGGGGAUGGGUGGAGGUGGCCACGGCAGCUUCCCCGGGGACUACCUGGGGCCGGCUGAAAGCCGCUUCCUCGCCAACGGGUUGCAGAGGAGGCACAGUUCCAAUGAGCACCCUGGUUAUGUGGGAAGCCUUUCCCCUCACCUGGUGCCCGGGAAUGGUGGGCGCCGAGCCAGCGACCCCGCCAGGACCACCCCGAACCUCCCUGCUGUGCCCAAGGUUCAUCGCUUUAAGAGUAUGGGGAACGUGAAUGUGCCAGGCGUGGGCAGAACUGCUCUGCAGCCCUUGGGGGGUUCCGAUGCCAACCUCCAGCACCAUGUCUUCUCCCCACAUCCACCCAGCAUCAGUGAAAAUGUUUUUCUGGAGAGCGUGAGCUCUCUAGAAGGCUCUGGCUCGGAGCCUGGCUUGCUAGAGAUGGAGCAAUACUUGAACUGCCCAGUGGAAAGCUUCCCAUGCCACGAUGGGGAGCAUCAGUGUGAAGGGCUCUAUGGCAGCGCCCACCGGACCAUGGGGGGGAUGCAGCUGAACCCGGGGGGACAUGGGGACAUGGAGGAGGGGUUGCUUCAGUCUGAGUUCUCCCUCCCUCAGUGCCAGAUGAACCAGCACUUCACCAGUAUGCAUUCUGGCAACGGAAUCAUGCCAGCUCCUUGGAAUGAACCCACUCAAGGCAACCUGGAGAUGAGUUCUGGGCAGUCAAGUGUCAGUGCCCGGCCACGUUGCCACCAUCAGAGUAUGGAGUACCAGCUGCCCAGUUCUUGUGGGCAGCAACCCAGGCUUGUGAGCUCAUGCCAGGCCAGUGGAUUUCCUGGGGUGCAGCGACUCAACCGCCUGCAGAUCAAAUCUGAGCAGAGAUACCCAGCACCUGCCCCAGCACUUGCUCCCUGCCAGAACACCAAACUUGCUGGGCCCAUGCAGGGUCCUGCCUCGUUUGGCCAAGCCCUCAACGUAGGGCUCGGUGGUUUCCAGCCUGAGGAACAGGCACCUCUGAGUUACAUGGGCAUGUUGAGCCCCUUGAGCCCGGGCACUCGGAGAGUCCAGACACCCAGCAAAGAAGUGAUGGUCCGGAACUACGUGCAGGCCCAGCAGGCUCUGAUGUGGGGAGACCAAAUGGCCUCAAAAAGAGGGGAAGCUGCCAUGGGGCUCGGCAGUGAAGCUGGGCAGUGCCAAGCCAUGCAAGCACCACUGCCCCUCAGCCCCAAGUACUCUGGUUACCAAGCCAAACCCGAUCACCUGCAGGGGCUGCCAGAGACCAAACACCUCCUCAGUGCCCCUUGCUUCAACCCAGAGAUGGUGCCACAUCCACCUGGUGGCCCUAAGCCACCUGGUCACCAGAACACCAUGAACUACAUGGGCAACCUGGCUCAGCCAAGUCAUUCCUAUGAGGGAGUGGAACCCAGCACCCAACGUCUCCAUCGUUUGCCUCCCACCCACCUCACACACGAGGGUCCCAGCAGUGCCCUGCUGCAGUACCCAGGUCAGGGCACACAUAUCCAGGUGGACAAAAGUGGCCAUAAACUGCCAGGCCAAACAGCAGGAAGCUGUGGAGAUCCCAGGCAUUCCAGUCGGAACUUGGAAGGAUUCAAAGACAGCUCGUGUUAUUAUCUGGAUUCAGGGGAGCAGGUGGCCAACAGCCUGGACUCCUUGGACCUGGAAAACACACACCUUGACUUUGCUGCCAUUAUGGAAGAUCCAGAGACAACUGCACUGCUGCCCGGGCCCCCAAGCCCUUCUGGUGGCCUCCUGCUGCCUGCAUCUGGUGGUGCCAACAUGGCUGUGGGCGACAUGAGCUCCAUGUUGAGCACUCUGGCAGGGGAAAGCCAUUUUCUCAACUCCUUGUCUUAAUUAGGAGUUACCAGUCAGAAGGUGGACACGUCUGCAGACACACGGGUGGGCCUA